AUGUUGGACUGCCACCCAAAGCAGACAGAAAUGUUGUCCGCUUCCCACGAGGAACUUAUUACACCCGAAAGUUGUCCAAGUAGACCAAUUGAGAAGAACAAGCUUUUUGUUGAUGAGUUUGAACUCACAACAGUUUCAAUUCCUAUGGCCUUGCCGGUUGAUUGUAGGGAGUGUAGCAAGACUUAUGGUAUGCACAUUCUCCAAACACCAGACAAGUCAUGGAAAAACUGGUUGAUUGCUCGAACUAUGUAG